AUGUCGUCCAAGACGACCAAGGCGCCCACCGCCGCCAACGGAAGGCCACGUCCCCCGACGCUUCCCAUUCCCGACCCUCCCAAGAGCAUCCCGUCCGCGCCGACGAGCGCACGAACUCCUCGUACCCCCAAGACACCGCAGGAUGAAGCCUUGAACUACUUCGCUCACGGCGACAGCACAGUUCGCGUCUGGGAACUCGAGCUCAGUGAGGACGGCGGUCCCGGCAAGGAGAAGAGUUACGUCCGCCUGCCUCCGCCGACAACGCCAUACGUGCUGCGCUUCACCAUCCACCCGGGCGCCAGCUGUACCCGGAAUGGUGUGCUCAAGAGCGACUUCCCCAUCGACGGUGGAGUGUUCGAGCGCGGCAUCUGGAAAGAGCGCAAGCUCCCGGAAGACCUGAGCAAACCUGUGCAAGUGGAUCUCCCGAUCUCGGCACCCGGCGCAUUCUGCUACUACAUCGAGUACGACGACGAGGAAGGCAACCGCCGCAAGUCGCCCGAGGGCUAUUUCAACGUUGACCCCAUCAUCUCCCUGCCUGCUCGUCAGACGUUUGAGAUCCAGCCCGGAAAGGAUGUGCUCAACGACUCGAAGUCGGGAGCGGUGCUUGCCCAGAGCACUGCCGUGCCCCUCGACGGCCUCAUCAUCCUCUCGAUUAUUGCCAAGUGGCAGGGGAAGGUUACUGACUGGGACAAGUACUACACCGAGUACAGCCGGAGGGGUUACAACAUGAUCCACUACACGCCUCUGCACCCGCGAGGCAGCUCUGGUAGCCCUUACUCCAUCACUGAUCAGCUCUCGUUUGACCCGACUCUUCUGUCGAACCCCAAGGCCAAGGACGGAGGGCAAGCCGAGAUUGAGCAGGUCAUCGCGCAUGCCAAGGAGACGUACGGCCUCGGAAGUAUCACCGAUGUCGUUCUCAACCACACUGCCUUUGACGCACCGUGGCUCGAGGACCACCCAGAAGCAGGCUUCUCCCCCCACAAUACCCCGCAUCUCGCCCCCGCCGUCAAGCUCGAGGACGCCAUGCUCAAGCUCACUGGCAAGCUUGCUUCGCAAGGACUGCCUACCGAAAUCAAGUCCGAAUCCGACCUCACUGCCCUGUCCAAGGCCAUCAGCGGAGCUAUCGCGCAGGCGAACCUGUGGCAGUACUAUGCCAUCGACGUUCAGAGCGAGGUCAAGGGGGUAGAGGAUGCGCUCAAAAGCGGCAAGCCCGUGAAGUGGUCCGGCGAGUCUCUGGAGGGCAAGACGCCGGAAGAGCUCGCCACCAUUGCGGUCUCAACGCCUGGGUUCAUCGAGAACUAUCGUGCCUACGCGGCUCCGUUCUGCACCAAGAUCAAGCCCGAAGCAGGCGCCGGCUUCAUCCAGGCUGCCUACCCCAACGAGGACGUGGGCGCUCAAACAAAGGCGUGGGGCAAGGUUCUCGACAUUGUCAACGUCGACCUCUACAAGGAGUGCGAUGAGGACCUGAAGGCUGCCGAGGAGAGCAUUGUUGGUCGCAUCAAGUACACCAGGCUUGACGACCACGGCCCGAAGUGGGGAAAGAUCACGAAGGACAAGACGGCUCGCUUCCCCGAGGAGGCUCUGGCCGUUGCCAACAACGGCUGGAUGUGGGCCGCCGAUCCCCUCAAAAAUUUCGCCGAGUAUCCUUCGAAGGCUUACCUCCGUCGCGAGGUCAUCGUCUGGGGCGACUGCGUCAAGCUGAGGUAUGGCAAGGGGCCGGAAGACAACCCAUGGCUCUGGAACCACAUGACAGAGUACUGCGAGACCUUGGCGGGCAUCUUCGACGGCUUCCGUCUGGACAACUGCCACUCGACCCCGUUGCAUGUCGCCAUCCAUAUGAUUGACGCCGGCCGCCGAGUCAACCCCAACCUCUAUGUCAUGGCGGAGCUGUUCACGGGCUCCGAGGAGAUGGACGUCAAGUUCGUUCGUGAGCUCGGAAUCAACUCCCUGGUCCGUGAAGCAUACAAUGGAGGCGACAACAAGGAGUUCUCCCGUCUUCUCUACCGAUACGGUGUCGGGAAACCCAUCGGCUCAAUGGACUCUGCGGUUCUGUCCAGCCCGGGGGAGCUCCCGCCACUUGUGGCGAACAGCGCUCCGCGACCGUGCAUUAUCACUCCUCUCCAGGGCUCUGUCCCCCACGCUGUCUUCUACGACGUGACCCACGACAACGAGUCCCCCGCCGACAAGCGCACCGCCGAGGACGCCCUCAGCACGGGCGCCCUUGUUACGUUCACCAAAGCUGCUCUCGGAUCGAACAAGGGCUUUGACGACCUGUAUCCGAAGUUGCUGAACCUUGUCACGGACUCGAGGCUGUACAACGUCAGCGGCCCCGAGGAGAACGGCAUCGGUCGCGUCAAGCGUGUUUUCAACUACCUCCACACCCAGAUGAUGGAGGGCGGCUACGAGGAAGGUCACGUCCACGAGGAGGGACAGUACAUCAUGAUUCACCGUGUGCAUCCGCAGACGCAUAAAGGUUACAUGCUCGUUGCCCACACCGCCUUCAAGGGAGACCAGGGCCGAGGAUUUGUGAACCCGAUGAAGCUUUCGCGCACGAAGGUCCAGUACAUCUUCGGCGUCAGCCUCCGUACCCGAAGAGAAGAGUGGAAGGACGACGACAAGGUGCACUACGGCAUCCCGUCCACCCUGGAGGAGAUCCCCGAGAACGCAGUGAAGAUCGCAACCGGCCAGGACGACAACGGAGACUACUCCGAAGUCGUUGUUCCCGAGCGUUUCGACCCGGGCAGUAUCAUGCUCUUCCGGACCGACAUGGAUGAGAUGUCGCCGGAUCUCGACGAGUACUGUAAGGAGGGCGCGGACGCUGCGAUGGCGGACCUAGACCUCGUUGACUUGAACGUUGUCCUCCACCGUGCCGACGGUGAGGAGCGCGAUGCCACGUCUGGUGCCGAGGGAACUUACGACAUCCCCAACUACGGCAACCUCGUCUACUGCGGCCUCGAGGGUUGGAUGGCGCCCCUUCGCGACAUCAUUGCUAACAACGACCUCGGCCACCCCCUCUGCGAGCAUCUCCGACAGGGCCCCUGGGCGCUUGAUUACGUCGUGAACCGACUGCAACGCGACGCCGAAACCUUGCCGCACCUGUCUAAGCCGGCAGCCUGGUUCAAGGGUCGCUUCGACGUGAUCAAGAAGACUGUUCCGUCCUUCAUGCGCCCGAAGUACUUCUCGCUUGUCAUCUUCGAGGCUUACAAGGCCGGUCGUCGGGCGGUCAUGGAGCAGAUGUCCGAGCACAUUCUCACUGGAACUGAGUUCACUCACGACCUAGCCCUCUGCGCGGUGCAGAUGUACGGCCUGGUCAAGUCUGCCAGCAUCAACCCUGCAAAGCCUGUGCCGUCUCUCGCGGCAGGUCUGCCUCACUUCACCGCAGGCUGGGCUCGCUGCUGGGGAAGAGACGUCUUCAUCUCUUUGCGUGGACUCUUCCUGACGACCGGCAACUUCACCGCUGCUCGUGACCACAUUCUCGCUUUCAGCUCCACCCUCAAGCAUGGUCUCAUUCCCAACCUGCUUGACUCUUGCCGAAACCCGAGAUACAACAGUCGUGAUUCGCCCUGGUGGAUGAUCCAGAAUAUCCAGGACUACACCAAGAUGUGCCCGAACGGCCUAGAUAUCCUCAAGGACUCUGUCAAGAGGCGCUUCCCGAAGGAUGACACCUGGGUCCCUUGGGACGACCCCAAGGCGUACGCUUGGAGCUCCACCAUCGCGGAGAUUAUCCAGGAGAUUGUACAGCGCCACGCCGAGGGCAUUGAGUUCAGAGAAUACAAUGCUGGCCCCAACCUCGAUGGCGACAUGAAGGACGAGGGAUUCAAUCAGAAGAUCUGGACUGAUUGGUCCACGGGUUUCAUUCAUGGUGGUAACCGUUACAACUGCGGCACCUGGAUGGACAAGAAUGGUUCUUCCGAGAAGGCAGGCAACAAGGGACUGCCAGCGACCCCUCGCGAUGGAGCGCCGGUUGAGAUCACGGGACUGUUGAAGAGCACUCUGACCUGGCUCGACCAACUGAGCGCCAAGGUGGAUGGCACCAAGCGCCUGGUGACGUAUAAGGAGUGGGCCAACCUCAUCCAGGCCAACUUUGAGAAGCACUACUACGUGCCGACCGAUGCUGCCGAGGACGGCAUCUUCGUCCUGAACCCCAAGCUCGUCAACCGCCGUGGUAUCUACAAAGAUGUGUACGGCACUCCAGAGGACCGCGCGUUCAGCGACUACCAGCUGCGACCCAACUUCCCACUGUCCAUGAUCGUCGCCCCCGAGCUGUUCACCCCGGCUCGUGCGAUGAACGCCCUGCGCAUGGCUGACGAGGUUCUCCGUGGACCGCUCGGUAUGAAGACUCUCGACCCUAGCGACUGGGCCUACCGACCGGACUACGACAAUGAGAACGACUCGGACGACAUGGCCGUCGCGAAGGGCUGGAACUACCACCAGGGUCCAGAGUGGGGCUUCCCUCUGGGCUGGUUCCUCAAUGCUUGGCUCAAGUUCGACAGGGAGGCCGGCGAUGGUGUCCACGACGAGAAGAAGACCCUCUACAAGGUGGGCAACAUCCUUCUGAAACUGAGGGAGCACAUUGAGCACGAUGCCUGGCGCGGUCUGCCCGAGCUGUGCAACGCGGGCGGCAAGUACUGCAAGGACUCGUGCGAGACUCAGGCCUGGAGCGCCAGUACGAUCCUGGACGUGCUCGAGUCGAUGCACAAGAUCGGUAAGAGCCAGCAGCCUGCCGGUGCUGCUAAGGCGGCCCCGACCAAGGGGACCUCGUCAACUGGCACAAGCCAGCAGGCAGCCACGGCCAGUUCCUCCAAGGCCCCGGCCAAGCAGACGUCGACGGCCGGUCGAAAGGUCUAG